UGUGCUUGCUGUGCCUGGCCCCUCUGUCUCCUUCGUGUCGUGAGAUCCGACUGCCCUUGCACUGCUGCAUGAGCAGGCAGGCAAGCAGGGAGUAAGGGAGGGGAUUGUGCUAAUCUAUCUCAUCAGGCGCCAAUUACGUCAACUCUUACGCAGGAUGAUGCCGAUGAACUAACACUCAAACUGUCUCCCACAUUGGCGACCUUCUGUCGUCUUCAUUUAUCAUGUUUCACGCUCCACCUGUCGCUCAUCUCUGCAUGGGCAGCAUGCGGGAGCAUCUUCGUAAUAUAGCUGCCGCUGCCUGUAGUCCCCCGCACUCUCUCUCGAUCUCUCUCUCGUUUUCCUUACAUCGGCCUUCCUUCUUCAUUUCCAGGAUCGUCUUACGCAUAGCGCCAUUCGAUUCUUCUUACACGCUGCUGAUCUCUCGCUUUGCGGGUUCCUUUCUCUUGGUCUGGUUGGCGGCACGUGCCUCGUGAUCUUGAGAAUUACAAAUCAUUUUCGAGUUUCCAGUGAUUAUGGCAACAUCGCCAGCAGCAAAACGCAGUCUUCCUCUCAAAUCCUUAAAUCAUGUCUCAAGAGUCUGUCGGGAUGUUAAUGCUACAACCAUUUUUUAUGAAAAUGUAUUGGGGUUCGUCCCGAUCAAAAGGCCAGGAUCACUUGACUUCGACGGAGCUUGGCUUCACAAUUAUGGGAUCAGCAUUCACCUUCUGCAAUGUGAGGAAGAUGUAGAAUCAAUGCCGCCCGUUAAAGAAGAAAUAAACAUUCGUGACGACCACCUAUCCUUUCAGAGUGAGUCUGUAGAAGAGGUGGAGCGAGCAUUACAAGAACACGGCAUCCAUUAUGAAAAGAAAACACUCGAUGAGAGUGGCAUCAUAAUUGACCAAGUGUUCUUCCACGACCCCGAUGGUUUCAUGAUUGAGAUUUGCACAUGUGAAAAGUUCCCCGUCCAGCCGUUAAAUAAUUCCACGGCCGAAUUUUGCAAUCUCGUUCGCACCUUAUCUUCUCGGAGGGGACUGUCUCGUACUAUCAGUCGAGCCAACACAGCCGAAAUGCUUCCAGAGAAGCUCAAGUCUCAUACCUUCAGUUUCGUAAAUCAGGGUACAACAAAAUCGCUCUUCACGUUUUUGCAAACAGAAAAUUUUCCAUCGGAUCACUCAAUUGGUGGCUAAACAAUCGCUGUAGAACUUUACUGAUUAAGUGCAGUAUCAAACAAAGGAUCUCGUAAAGAGCUACUGACGCAAUAUGUGGAAAGGCAUAGUCUCCCUUAUCGUGAAGACGUCUGUAAUUGGUUUAAUAUGAAAUCCCAUUAAGUGAUGAAAAGUUGCCCUAAAAACUAGCACAAAUGUCCCUCUAACAUGGUAAGGUUUCAAGAGCACUCUCAUAUUUGGGUAAAAAAUGAGACUUGAAGGUUGUAUUCUAACAUACACAAUUGAUGUUUACACAAUAUUAGGGAACUUUAAAUUUUUUUUAAUAAUUACAGAUCAAAAGCAUGAAUAGUGUAGAAAUCUGAAAGCUAGUUGCAAUCAUUCACAUCUUGUAAGGCAAGUAGAUAUGUAAUGUAAAAAAAAAUAAUGUUAUUCUGAAAUAAAGAUAAGCCACAAGAACCAUUUUAAUAAUAAAAAUGAAUAAAAGUUUAUGUUAAUUUAAAAUUU